GAAUUUAAGAUUUGCAAAUGGCGGCCAAAUUUUCUCUUCAUUGGGAGGAAGGUGAUUUAAUGGACGUAGGAGCGCCGCCCGUCUGUUUAACUUACUGUCCAAGCCUAAACUGUAUUAUAUUAAGUCGUACAGGGAAUUCAGUUGAGAUAAUUGACGUGAAUUCGGGCGACAUAAUUGAAAAACAUCUUGUUUCAGAUAAACCUGUUCCAGAUGGUUUGCUGUGCCAGUUUAAUCCUGUUGCAGGAAACCUCAUAUUGACAGAUGGCUUUCGUUUGGGUCUCCGCAAGGAUUUGAACGGAAUUUACCUGUUAAGCACAGCCCUGCAAACACAAUGUGUUGAUUCUAAAGACAAGGAAAUUGUUUUGGAAAUGACUCUCACAGAUAUGGAACAUGUACUGGCUGGGAUACAAUCCUGUAUUAAAGAUCUCCAUGAACCACAUUUGUCUAAACUUGAAAGACUCAAUAAUAUUGUGAAUCAAAGUAUCAAUAAAGCCAUGUGCAAAGCUAAUAGAGGAGAUGAAAUGUCCUUAAAGUGGGCGUCCUGUAGCAUCACAGUUGAAAUGGAUUUCAUUUACUCAACGCUUAACUCUAUGAUAUCAUUAUUUCACAACUCUACAACCAAAACUCCUCAGUUGUCGUGCACAUCCGCUUUACUUUCUCAACUUGCAAGUCUCAUGCCUAAAAUGUCAAGUGACCAGAAUGAUGCUGUUUCCAAUAAGAGAAAGAUGUGGAGUGAGGCAAACAGACGAAAGACAUUUAAUAAUUGGCCACAUAUGGAUUAUAGAUGGGCCAUUCCUGACACAAUGGCUCAAGCUGGUUUUUAUCAUCAGGCUGAUCGUCGUACAUAUCCAAAUUCAGUGGAUAGAGCUGUUUGUUUUACAUGUAAUGUUGGUCUGGUUUGCUGGGAACCUACUGACGAACCAUGGUCUGAACAUGAACGCCAUUCACCAAAAUGUCCGUUUGUUCGUGGCGAAUGUACAGAAAAUGUGCCGCUGUCAACAACUUUGGCCACAUUGCCUGCUCAAUUUCACGACAGUACUAAACCCAAGAUAUCUUGUAUGAGUACUUUGACUUCAGUGGGACUGGUAGCGACUUCUACUCAUCAAGCUCAUAUCGUAGUUUGGGAUGUUCGUGAUGAGUUACAGGUUCGCGCAAAAAUGUGCUUAAAUAUUGACAAAAAAAUACUAUCCAAUGAAAUUGGUGAACUUGAUGACUUGCUAACAACUGUAGUCAUGGGUGACGCUAUUGAAGAGAGUACAAAGGAAGCCUUAGAUGCUGAUUUGGAGUUUGGAAGUCUGGGCUCAACCGCAGAACAGACUAGAAGCACUAGCGAUGUCGAAAUUCAAAGUAUUUUGAAGAAUAAACAAAGUGAUGAUGCAAAAGAUACCAUCAUAAUUCAGACAACAGCUCUUGGCAUUUUAAAAAACAACCAAAAACGGGAAAACGAAAAGCAAGGGGCCAUGAUGCAAACCAUUUUACCAGAAGCAAUGUUGAUAACAUGUGUCAAUACGACAAACGAUAUAACAUUACAACAUCAAGUACCGUACAUUCUUGUUUGUGACAUACCUAUAGACAAGAACCGAUCAUAUAGUACAUCCAAGUCAAUAAAAUCUGGUGAGAAUAAAGGUCAGAGUAAAACAAUUUCAUACAGCACACAAUUGUCCUUUGAAAGCGAGGAUGAAUAUUACGAUCCAUUAUUUGCUGUGCCGAAUGUGUUACCGAGCAUGAAUAGCUCUUUGAAGGAUGGUUUUUUGAAAACGGAUGUGGAAAAAACUGACGAAAGCUUAAUUACGAAAGACGCGAAAGUUGUGCAAUGCUUAAAUGUUAAUUUAUCAGAAUAUGGGGACAUUGAAGUAUCUCAGGUAAUACCUUACCACGAUGGGGGAUAUGUUUUGUUCGUAAUGCGUAAAAGAUUGAAAGAUUUCUUUAGUGUUUCUGAAGAUACACCACUGAUAAAUGGUGAAACAAUUGAUUUUAGUGAUUUUAACGAAGUGGACGCUAAAAUAUCUAGAAAUCCUGAUACUCCUCAUAGCAUUAAGUUUCGUGAUUUGAAUUUUAAAAGUAUUACUACGUCAAAUGGUAAUACGUCAGUGGAAGGAACUGCUACGUCAAAUGGUAAUACGUCAGUGGAAGGAACUGCUACGUCAAAUGGUAAUGUGUCAGUGGAAGGAACUGCUACGUCAAAUGGUAAUACGUCAGUGGAAGGAACUGCUACGUCAAAUGGUAAUACGUCAGUGGAAGGAACUGCUACGUCAAAUGGUAAUGUGUCAGUGGAAGGAGCUGCUACGUCAAAUGGUAAUACGUCAGUGGAAGGAAAUGCUACGUCAAAUGGUAAUACGUCAGUGGAAGGAACUGCUACGUCAAAUGGUAAUACGUCAGUGGAAGGAGCUGCUACGUCAAGUGGUAAUACGUCAGUGGAAGGAACUGCUACGUCAAAUGGUAAUACGUCAGUGGAAGGAACUGCUACGUCAAAUGGUAAUACGUCAGUGGAAGGAACUUCUACGUCACGAAGUUUUAAUUACAGUGGUAGAUCAUUGAGUAUAAACAGUUCUAGUAAGGAAAAUGUUAAUUGUGAAUUAUCGAAAAAAGAAACCACCUCCAUUACCAAAUGCGUUUUAAAGGAGCGACAUUAUUCCGUCGUUUUAUUAUUGUACAAAACAAGGACGGAAAAAGGGCGAACGUUACUCGAGGAAAAACCUUGCAAAUCACUGGUGACAAGAAAUGCAGCAGAAAGUGUACGUGAUGUAUUUUUACUACCUGAAGAUGAUGAGGAUAUCUUUCAAUCGAACUCAACGGAACUAAAUAGUCCAAGCAAUAUUUAUCUUGCAGGUAUUUCAGCCAACGGUUGUCUGGUUGUCUUUAAUGGUCUUACGUUAGAAAUUGUAAGUGAAUAUUCAUCAGUUAAAGAUAGUGACACUCUCAUAUCUAAUAUUGAUCAAGCCAUCUUUUGCCCUGGUCUUGACUCCUUUUGUGUAACAACAAAUGAUGGAAAAUUGCGUUUUCUUCAAAUGCUUAAUAAACGUGAUUGCAAUGGUUACCAAAAUAUAUCAUCAGAGGGAAAUCCAUCUCGUGUCGAAAAACAAGAAACGAGUCAUGGUCUUCUGUUGGAUGAUUUGUCCGUGACGACAUUAAAAACCUUAGUAGAAAUGACGUCAUUUGAAAAUCUCGUUCCACGCUACUCGGCUCUUGCACCAAUAUUUUGGAGUGAAAUUCAGCAACAACAGCAACAGAGACGUCACCCGCAACACCUGCUUCAAAAUUCUCAAGGCGAUGCAAGUUGUCACACUCGAACGUGGAGAUUGCAAAAAAAAGGUUUGGUUGUUGGUGAUCAAUUGUUUAAACUUACUUUACCACGUCCUUCCUACGUUGGUCAUGUUGACAUUGUUUUUACUAUAAAUAAAUCUUCAAAUUCAUCGAAGAGCCACCUCCAAGUAAUGUUAAGUAAACCACGUGGUUCAUCUUUACGUCCAAAAAUUGCGCAACCUUUUACUUCGACGCGCGUACAGAAUGGUAACGAUGAAAUCUUAUGUGGUCCUGUUGACGUGUUUGGUAAUUUUUUUCAUCAUGGUGAUAAAGGUCAUAUUGUAUUGACAAGUGAAACUUUGCUAAAAAGCAAAGUCCGUAUCCUUCAUGUGGUGUUUAAAAAUCAGGGGAAAAGUUUAGUAAAGGGAGAUGAAAGUUCCAAUGGUAGAAAUGGUUUUAGUGAUCUUGAAGAGAUAUCCAUUACUGUUCGCUCAAUGAAUUCUAAGUUCAACGUCGAAACUUACACAACUUUAUUUAAAAAUCCUGGCUUUUCUAAUCGAUUGAUUGAUAUCGUCUGCAACGAUACAAACAGUGAAUUGAGCGAUAAAGAUAAUUACAAUUGUCAAUGGUUUGCGCUAGAGUUGUUGUGUUGGAUCGCUGGAGUAUCUAUACAUCAAGAUGUUAGUGAGGAAUCUUUGUCUCUUCAAGUCGUAGAAAGAUUGUCAAUGUUAAUAAAAUCUUGUCUGCUUUCAUCAUCGCGAACUGUUGCGCACAAAUUUUCUCGCCUACUUCUAUUGUGUAUCAGCCAGCUGAAAACUUCGGAAGAUAAGUAUUUCGACGUGAGACUCUCAAUACUUCAGUCUUUCUUGAGUUUGCUACCACUGACGGUCAGCUCUCAGUCAAGCGGAGGUAUCAAUUGGUACUUCAUGUUACUCACUGGAUUGUUAACCUCGGACGAUGUUGAAACUGUUGGAAAUUCAUGCAUUAAACUUCUUGACAAUAUUGGCCAACAAUUGGACAAUAAAUUGACCUAUCAUGAUCGAAUAUUACGAGCUAAUUUUGGACUGUAUGGUACACCUUUGGAUCCGACGAUGUUUGAUAUCUCCAUGGAAACCAUGGGCUUGUUUGCCACGUGUAAAGCUUCUGACGAUCUAGUCGCACCCAAAAACGCCGGAAGGCAUUCUCAAAAUUCGGGUGAUGUUGACAUCAUUGAUUACAUCAUGGCAAAAAACAGCUCCGCCGAAAGUAGUACUUUAUAUAAGAUGGAAUAUCUUUUAUCUUCCAUGUAUGGCAUACUCGAGGUAGAACCACUAGAGUUUAUAUGUUCGUCCAUGAGUGAUGGCUGUAAGGUUGAAAACCAUCAAGGAGGAGGAGAGAUUUUGUCUGAAGGAGGGGGAAAUGGUGCUGGAUCCUUGUAUUGUCCAUCUACAUCGGUUCAUCCUGUGAUAGCAAUGUCAUCAUUUCAAGAUCAUUAUAAACAACUUCAGGCUCAAGAGAAGAUUCUUAACAAACUGCAGAAACAAAAGCAACAGUUGGAGGAGCAAUCACAAGAACUACAAGAACUAGGAGGAAUGUUGUUUUCAUCAAUGAAUACUCCGCAGAAACAAGCAAUGGUAGACGAUGUCUGGGGUCAGGAAAGUACUCCUACUUAUUACAAAAUUCCGACGUCUUUUGGUGGUUCCAUGAAGUCAUCCACGAUUGAAACUGUAGGCCCGAAAACCAUCAACAGGAUUGUAAAUGGUGGCAAUAGGGCAGCUUCACAAUCUCGCUCUGUCUUUCAGUUACCAGUUCCCAAGGUGAUGACUGUUGAAAAGAUGCAAAUCGGUGCCAGACAUUUCGUUGUCUUGGAUUUCGGACAGAUUGUGCGACUAACGGAUAUCUUUAUCCCUAAUUGUCCUGAUUUGUCCUCCGUUGUCAUUGAUGUGUGGGUAGAUAACGAAGAGAAAGACUUAAGUCGCGUCACUAUUUCUACAGACAUUGGAAACAAACCUUUGCUAUUAACUGACGUUUUACCUCCACUCGUCUGCAGAUAUCUCAAGAUUUCGAUAUUUGCUCGUCAUGGUACUUUACGAACAAAGAUUGUCCUCGGCGAAUAUUUUGGCUAUCCAAUAUUGUCUAAGACGGGCACUAACGAAGUUACAGCGGAGCUUGGCGAUGCUGCUACUAGAGAAAUGUACAUGAACCAGAUGUACGACGAUUUAUUUUGCGAGUAUGGAAUUGCGUGUUCAAGAUUGGAAUCAUUACUGAACUCAGUUGAACCUGGAGUUUUCUCGUCCUGGGAAAGCGGGUCAAGAAGUGACGUAGCUAUUGUAAAUCAGGCAUACCAGACAUGUAUGAACUUAAAACUACGUCUAAAUUUUCUAAAUCGUAGUCUACUGCGCAUGACCAGUUGGCGUGUUGGUUCUUGCCAAUUAAAUAAAAAGAAUAUACAGGAAAGCAUGGAUACCAUUUUAUCAUUUGCAUCAUACGGCAAACUCAAAGUAAUCUCUGAUUCGUUAGUUCAUGUAUUAGUUUCCUUAUUUGGCGUGGAAGUACCAAUUGACGGCGCUACGAUAAAAUGGACGCAUGAUUUAACGCUGGUGACAUGUAAGUCUCUGUUUACGACCUUCUGUGUUAAAGGAAGUUCUUCAUCGCGUGCAAGAGUGGGAGCAGUUAUACUUCGUACCUGUGGAGAGAAGAAAUGGUGGGGGGAAUUUCUGGCAUGGGUAAUGGAAACAUUUUUUUGUCAGGAACAAAAGUUGAUGUUCUCCCAAGAGAGAUUGUUUUUACUUUUAACAUCAAUGAGUCAAUUGUCUCCCAUUGUUCAUCCUGUCAUAUCAAGUGCCUUGAGCUUACUGAAGAAAUUGUUAUCACCUAUAUUUAAUGCUUCCCACAAUGAAAAAGUUGAUCAACUUGAUUCUCGCUUAUUGGAAUGGGUGAUCUUGUAUGUCUCCAAUAUGUUGGAUAACUUCAUGGAAAGAACCCACGAUACUGUUAUGAAAUCUUUAGACAACCAACAAGAAGUAGUGGCCAAAGAAAACGCUGUGAAAGAGAGAAGAAACAAUAGACGUUGGGAUUUUAUCGUACCACGUAAUGUAAACGAUGAACUUAGAGAUUCUCUAAAAGAUAACGGUAAAGGUGUAAAAGGUACCAAGAAAGAACUACGAAAACUCAAAAAACAGAUUGCGAGCCGUCAACGACGUCUUAACGCACUACAUCAAGUACAAAAAUCGUUCAUGUACGAUGGUCACGGAGCAAGUCAGUGUCCUCCAUCACCCUAUCAUAUGAUGCAUUUAAAUAAACAAUUAAGGCAGAAAGCAAAAAAACCACUCCGAGAUUUGAUAAAGUUUAAGAAAAUGAUGGCAAAUAACCUUGGAACAAUGACUGACGUUUCACAUUCGACUCCAACACCAAGACUGUGUCGAGAUUUGUGUUUGCAAGUAAUGAAAGGUCUGCUGGCUGUUUUACUCUCCCCCCAAGGCACUUGUAGUGUUGAUUUCUUUGUUCUUAUUGCAAAGGUUUUGGGUUGUCUUGCUUCUGUCAGUCAACCUAAGAUUAGCUUGGACGAGUUAGCAAGCAGGAGCCAAUUGCAAAAAUUACUGAAAAUGUCUGUGCUAUCCUAUGGAGUCCCCUCAAACAGUUGGAGUUCACCAGAUCAGUGGAUAAAACAUACUUGUACAACUUUACUGCAAGAUCUAGUAAAUAGUACUAUACAAUUAAGAUUGCCCAUUUCUGAUUUGCCUUUGCUAAAAUCUGAUGACAAAUCUCCCGAAAAGUCGGAAACUCUCGAUUCAGUGACGUCACCUGUUGAUGCGGUUAACGAAGACAUUCCAGAAACGGACGAACCGGGUGAUGAAGCAUUUGUAGAGUUGGGAAUGUUUAGUGAUUUAUUUGGCGACGUCUCCUCUUGUGGGGAAACAUUCGAAGCUGUUAAGGAACAAGAGAGUGUAGAAACAAACUUUCUUAAAACAAAGUCAUCCUCAAAAAAUCAGGAAGCGAAAGAAUCAAUUGUGCUAGUCGCUUCUGGUUCAUCUUAUGUACCUGGUGUAACCAAUUCUGAAAUAUCUUUAGCCGAGGAUUGCCGGCUCGAGAUUGGACUUGAGAAAAAAGCUGAAGAGGAGCUUCGUCAUCUUGCCACAAUAAGUCGACGGAGAUUCUUGAAUGGUAUGGAUCUAAAAUACAGAGUCGAAAUUUCAGGAGUGCAAACAACUGUCAAAAGUACGAACGAACAUAAGUCUACUAUUGAUACAUCUAAUGCUUCAGGAUUUGAAAAUCAAAGUUCUGACGGUCCUAGCUCAAUAAACCAUGAUAUCGUGGAUGAAAGUUCUAGUGUUGAUACUCAAGUAGAAUCACCUGCUGCUGAUGAAGAAAGUUUGAUCCAUCAUAGUGUGAAAACCUCCGAUGUUGAAAACUCCCAUGGCGGAAUCUUGGAUAAUACAGGAGACGAUGAUUGUAACAUGAAAACUUGUUACUUUAUUUCCGAAUGCAUUUCAAAACUCAUUUUUGAAGCUUUUAAAGGACGUCAAUACAACAUUGAAUCAGUUUUAGAGCUCUGUCUGUUGUUAAACUUCCGAAACAAUCCAUGUUUCCUUGUUACCCGUCAAGCUAUGGAAGCAUCCCUUGAAGAACUAAAUAUCGUAGAAGGGCAAAAUGUCCGAUAUUGGAAUCUUACCAUCAGUUGGUUAAGGAUGUUACUAAGGCAAACUCAAUACCUGAAUGUCAGCAUUGAUGUACAAUUUGAUCAUUUUACCGCCACAAACCUCAUUACGAACUUGUGUUUGUCACGCAUGCUCGGUAAAGUUCUUGCCUCAGGUGACGACGAGUUUUAUGGACCAUCAUUGGUAAAAAACUUUAAAUUUCUUCUCAAGGAACUUUACGCUCAGAGUUCAGAUGGUGAUAUGAGACAACAAUUCCAGCAAUUUCUUCUGGAUACAUUGAUGCACAUGAUGAGUGAUUUGGAACAACGACAUGGGAGAAAAUAUCCUCUUGAUGUGUGCUCAAACUUCUUAGAUUUUCUUAUGCAAAAACUUCCAAAUGAAUCACCCGUCACCCAAACUGAUAAUGUUACGAAAAUUGUAGAAUCUGUGCUCGCCAUAGUCCUUGAGUAUCUAACAUCUUCAAACCAUGUAUGUACGGUGUCCAAUCCAUCGAAGAAAAAGAUUUCAUCUUUGUUUCCAGGCGUCAACGCAUCGCAGGACAGUUCUGUGGGAUUAUCACGACCAAAUUUUCUAGUUCUUUCCCUCACUGUGUUGACGAAGUUGCUUGGAAUGCACACAUCUGUUUCAGAUGGUGUAACAUCUGACAAACUUGUUAUGCAGAAACUUCUGCAAUGCUUGAAUUUGUGCAGUGGGCAAUCGUUUGAAUUGUUGGAUAUUGGUGUGAAUAUCAUGUCAUGGGAUUUUUCCAACAUUGAUAGUCUUGAUAAACCAAAAUCUAUUGAAGAUGGUGUUAUGAAAGUUUUUUGUUUGAUAUACAAACAUUCUAUUCAUAAAGAUGACAUUAUAAAACGUCUGCUGAGCUUUAUGGCGGCCAAUGAUGGCCUCGAUGUUGAAGAUUCGUGUUUUCAUCUUUCCGAAUUACUGCAGUGGAUCUUGUUGAAGUUAUUGGACGUUGAUAAAAAUUUUGAAAUAUUUGUGCAAAAUGGCGGAGUACAAAUAAUCUCUAGUAAACUAUCACAUUCGACAGCGCGCGCCUUGCAUCCUGUCCGGGGACUGGUAUCGAGUGUUAUCCAUGAGCUGGGUGUUAAAGUUCGCUCGAAAAACGAAGGUGAUAAACAUCUUCUUGCUGCAGCAUGGAAAUCUGAUAAGAACAUAGUGAACUUUGCUCCUUAUGGCACUAUCUCCUGUCCUUCUCAAGGUCCAUCAAGUUUUGCCGACAAUCUUAUCUCCAUAAAUCUUCCUACUCGUAGAGCCCGCAGUGCUUCUUGGAUACAUCAUUUUACUCAGAAAGAUACUUGGUGUUCAUUGUAUAUAACUCUUCCUAAUGCUGUUAUCGUUCACGAAGUAAUCAUACAACCUCAUACAGCGUCUUUGUCAAACUCGACAAGUUACGUUGUCCUCGAAUUAUGUGACGAAACUGGUUCUGUUACAAAGAUUAGUCCUCCAUUGCUUACGGCUGGUCUCAGCAAUAUUCGCCUGCAUUUGAGUACGCCACAAUUGGCAUCGAUUGUAAGACUGAGGCUUCAUCGACCACGUGACUCCGACACAUUGGGUUUGAAUCGGAUUGAGGUCCUGGGAUCGAGUUUCUAUGGUCCAAAAUCUGCCGUGCAAGCUUUGCUGCAUAGUCAGAAUGCAAGUUUUAGUUGGUCACGUGUUCUUGAUUAUUGUCUCCGACGCUCUCACAGUUUAUCAUCAUCUGCUUUGGAUAUACUUUCAAACAUCGAUGGUAUACUUGAUGUUCUUUUAAAAAUACUUUGGAGUUUUCCAAGCUCAAGUAAUAAAUCAUGUGUGGAGUACAUUCUUAUCAAAUUGGCAACGAGUUCUACACACAUUUGUUCUCUUCUUCUCAACCGCUUACUGUACGGUGGAGUUGAUCUUGCAGGCUCAAUAGGCGUCUCAUAUCGCUUUGAAUCUGAGAAUGAGUUGUUGUUUCAGUUAGGAAUCAUUCAAGAUGAAAGAGAAUGGGAAAGAUUGCAGCCAAUGUGUUCAUGGCUUUUGGAUUUGGUGGAGAAAUCUAGUGUCGUGCAUCCCUUGUUGACGAAGACAGAAAACAAUAUGUCCUCAAAGAUUAGAACCAUAUCGGCUGUAGUAUGGACUGUAAAAGAUAACCCUGAACUGUGUGAAAAGCUACAGGCUGUUAUCACAGAAGAAAAAUUCGAAAAAAUCUAUGAUUGGUCACAAAGGGCAACCUCCAUCCCUGUCCUGAAAUCAACCUUAGACUACAUGAUAUGUUCAUUGUGUCAUGUGAUCACACCUUACUUUGCACAUAUGUUGAAUCUUAUUGGUCCAUUCAUUGACGAAAGACAUUGUAAAGCUGAUGAAUCCGCUCUAACGUCGUUGGCAAGGGCUUCAAAUUCUUCCCAGGGGGCUACGGAUUUACUCGAAUCACGGAUACUUCAAAAUGUUGUGGAAAACGUUUCAAGGAUUUGUAGAAAGUUCCUGAAAGGUUCCAAAAUAGUAUCGUCAAAGACAACUGAUGAAGAAGCGAUGCUGCAGACGUCUUCAGACAAUCUUCAAAAAAUGCUGGGAUUUUUAACAUUAUGUUUAAAUAAUCAUAAAUUGAAAACGUGGUUGGGAAAAGAUGAAGGCAGCUCAUUUUGGCAGCCACUCAUCAGCUUUUUGACUGAGUGUCGUUUCAGCGUUUCUUCUCGUGUUUCCGGACUGGAAUCAUUACCAAUGAGAGCGCGUGUGCUUGCAAGUCUACAAACAACUUCUGUACGAUACCUCAAGACUUGUGUGUGUAAUCAUGCUAAGAAUCAGCAGAAUCUCGCUCGUGUAUUGUACGAAUUACUUGCGACAGUUGAUAGUGAUAUCGCGGAGAAAACUUUGUCUGGGUUUCUGAGAAGGCUUGUUCUAGAAUUAUUACUUGAUGAAGAUUCCGUUACUAUGGCAGUUACACUCUCAAGUAUGACAUCACAAAGGUUUGAGACAUCAUCAGGACUUGCAUCCCAAUCUCCUCUUUGGCAUCCCAGAUUUGGUGCAUCAAAUUCAUGCAAGCUUCUCAGUGUCCGUGUAAACAGGAAAGUUCAUGAAGUGUUACAUAAAUUUACCGUUGACCCUAUGCAACUUUUCUCGACUAUAUCGACGGGAACAACCGAAUCAACAGGAAAAUCAUCCGAAAGUUUUCACGAAAUUGAUAAAAUAUUGGAAUUUGAUGCUGAUCUCUCGCAACAAGAGACUUUUUCUCUAGCUUCUUCUGCCAUCAACGUCAAAAAUAGACGUGCUAAACAUAGUGACAAGACGGAAAAGGGGCCUGGUAGUGAGUGUAACCAAGCAUCUACAUCAUCAUCAGAGGUAAAAAACUUCAAUGAGAACAUUGUUUGUUGUGUAGAUGGACCACUAGCUGGUAAACCACUGCCCAAAGAUACGACAAUCUCACAAAUUGUGCAAACGUUAGUUGAACACGGUCAGGGAAUGGGAACGGUUUGUCUCAGAUUUGAGAUUAAAUCCAAGAUGGAGUGUAGAUCACAAGAUGUAUCAAACGACAAUGUAUCUUCUAAGUCUGUGUCAACAUUGCUUGAAAAUUUUCUGAACGGUGGCCUUUCUUUAAUUGCAAAACAUCUUCCUCCUCGGUUUACGCUUGACAUACGAUCCGAUUCUCGUCGCUUGGCAACACCCACGUAUAAUCCUACUGUAACGACUUCACUCGUUCCAGGUCACUCGCUCAUGGGAUUUACUAUGUUUCUUCGAUUACCUGGGUAUGCAAAGAUAUUAUUGGCAAAUCAACAAAAUGCCUGUUACAUGUUGAAGUUGAUAUUAGGAGUGGAUAGUUUCAAUGAUGGAGCCAUUAUAGCUAACCCAACAGCUUUACCAACUUUACCGUUCACCAUACUGCAAUGUUUGAUGACAUCUCAUCUUGUUACGACAACAACUGGUAUCGCCAUUCGUCAGACAGCGUUAGAUAUUGGUGUUGUGCACUUUUUACUUACAUGUUUGGGAUUGCUGAGUCAUCACAAACCGCGAAAUAAUGACAGACAAUAUGAAGCAACUAUGGAAGCACUUAACACUUUUAAUAACAGUGACAAUAUGACACGAGCUCAAUCCAGUGGUAGAACUUCAAAUAAGCAAUAUUGGGCGAAGGGGACUGGGUUCGGAACAGGAUCUACGUCAUCAGGAUGGGAUAUCGAAGAAGCAUUGGUGAAACAGAAAAACGAGGAGGAGCAUAUCAUAUCUAUACUUCAUGUUUUGGCCAGUUUUAUCUUUCCUCUUGGCGUUAAUGUAGAUAAUGUGGCAUCGUUUGAUGAUAUUUUAUUGGAUGCAUCAGACAAUAACAUUACCGAUGUUAUUUCGUCUCUUCCAAGUAUUUUUAUGAACUCGUGUCUUAUUCCAACUUUGGCUUCGUAUUUAAGAAACGAUUCAGUUCUUGACAUGGCUCGACAUGUCCCAUUAUAUCGAGCUGUUCUCUGUCUUGUGAGAUCUCUCGCUGUUUGUUCCGAUUUCGUUCCUGUUUUACAUCCGGGCUAUAACAUCACCAAGGAAACUACUGGUGAUGAUUCGUCAUCGCUCUGUAGCCUGCUGACCAAGAUGAAACUGUGCGUGGACACAUAUGGAUCGCGAUUAAGGUAUUCUGAAAAAGUGGAAGCAUCAUUACUUGGUAGUGUCAAAGCUGAGGAUGUAGAGAACGAAAGUUUAUCCUUACUCAUCCCGGAUAUACAAGCUACAUCAUUGUUGGUACAAAAAGCUGUUGAUAGAUACCGCUGGAAACAUGUGACGAAUGAAGGCUCAUAUGUUGUGGGUGAGUCCCAAAGCCAAGUACCUGGAAAGAAAUUACAGAACACUGAGGAGAGAUAUACAUCAACAAUGAUGGCAAUACAAUUUGAUACAUACACAAUCGUCACAGAAGGCACAUAUGGCAAAGCAAAUUUUACAAUUCCCUAUCACUUUUCAAGUUCUGUAAAAUCUGCUACUUCUUCUGGUCAACGUGUGAACGCUGGUCGUGCGAGACGACUGGCUCAAGAGAUUGCCUCUUUAUCCACAUCACUGCCUCUCUCUUACAGUUCUAGUGUGUUUGUAAGAUGUGACGAAGAAAGAUUGGACAUUAUGAAGGUGUUGAUAACUGGACCAGCUGACACUCCGUACGCUAACGGAUGUUUUGAGUUUGAUGUUUAUUUUCCACCGGAUUAUCCGUCCAGUCCGAUGCAGAUAAGUUUUGAAACGACUGGAAAUCAUCGAAUUCGAUUCAAUCCCAAUCUUUAUAAUGACGGAAAGGUUUGUCUUAGUAUUCUUAAUACGUGGCACGGUAGACCUGAAGAAAAAUGGAAUUCACAAACUUCCAGCUUUUUACAGGUUCUUGUAUCUAUCCAAUCUUUGAUUUUGGUACCGGAACCUUACUUUAAUGAACCUGGCUAUGAGAGAUCACGAGGUACACUCUCGGGGACUGUAAACUCGCGUGAAUAUGACGCAAACAUUAGACAAGCUACGGUGAAAUGGGCGAUGUUAGAACCUUUAAAAAACCCUUGUCCUUGUUUUAAGCAGGUAAUUGAAAGACAUUUCUUCAUAAAAAAAGAUGAAGUAUUUGAGCAAUGUAACAGAUGGAUUAAAGAAUUGGAGACGUGGUCCAAAGAAAAAAGAACUAUGCGCUCAAUAAACCAUCAUCUUGAGUCGUUACGACGAUAUACAACCCAGUUACAUGAUGAAAUUUCAAAACUUUCUGAAGAUUGUUUGUUUACACCAGACGAUGAAGUCAACCCUGAGUAAUAUAAAUCACCGCACAUUAUGAUCUUGUGAUCUAUUUGAUCCUAUACCGCAGUAAGCAAGACGGUAGAUAAACCAUUUCUCUACCGUGAAAAAGAAAAUUCGCAUGAUUUUAAAGCAACGUGAAGUUGAACAAGGGAAUUUUAAAGGGGAACUGACUUACACAGAAGCCCACUUCUUUAACAGAUAAUUAAAUUGAAAUGUUGAACAUGUUAGUAUUUGAAAUCAAUCAUUAAAUGAAAACUAAGUUUGAAAA